GGGUAAUUUAUUUCACAAGUCAGUGGGGAUCUCACCCCUCUCUGUUCUCCAUUAUCAUCCUGGGAUUCUGCAACUGCGAUGGGCCAGUGUGGUUCGUCGGAGAGUCAUAAAGGCGCGAAAUCCAGCGGAGGUAAAGGCAGAGGCAGAGGAGCUGUUGGGGAGUCGUUCAGAAGACCAUCGGCGAUUAUGGUGAUGGAUCUGGAGGGUGGAUUUAAAGAGUUGAAGCAGCCAGUGACGGCAAGCUCUGUGAUCGCCGACAAUCCGAAUUGCUUCUUGUGCGAUUCUGAAUCGAUAUACCUGGGGACGUGUCUCCCGCCGGUUCCAGAGGAGGAGCUGCUUAGACCCGGCCAAAUCUACUUCCUCGUCCCACUCUCUCAAGCGCAUCAACCUCUGUCCCUCUCUACUCUCUGUGAUCUUGCCAUCAAAGCCUCCUCUGCUCUUCCCUGACUUUGUUUAUGCCUUUCCCUCCGAUCACCGCCUCCGUGCGUGGUAAUGUUUUCCUGUAAAGUUCAAUUCAUUUAUUAUUGUUCUCUCUCUUACUGGCAACCUCUUCCUUCCUCUCACCAAUUUCUCUGUAUCGAAAAUGGUACUUAUGGGUUCGCGUUUACGAUCUCUGGCAUUAUUAUGGCCGUACUUCUGAUCAUGUAUUGCCGAACUUUUAACAGAAACUGUUUAUAUCAUAUAAGAAUGAUGAUAAUGAACGCAUCAAAAUGAAAGUAGUUAUUAUUUGUGUUGAUAA